AUGGCGACGAUGAGAGAAGCUGCAGGAGUGGAUAUGAUUAGCCAGUUACCGGACGAAGUUCUAUGUCACAUCCUUUCAUUCCUUCAAAGCAAAGAAUCCAUAGCCACGUGCUUGUUGUCUAAGAGGUGGAGAUUCCUAUGGACUAUGGUUCCGACCUUUGACUUUGUGUGCUCCUCAUCAAUCCCUCCGACCUUUGGACUUGUGUGCUCCUCAUCAAUCGUCAAAACCAAGCCACAAGACAAGUUCUUGAGUCUACGCAAAACACAAAGGAUCACAAGGUUUCGUCUCAAAUGCAAAAACCAUCGAUGUUGCUCACCUCUUAUACAAAAAUGGAUUUCUUCAGCCGUAGAUGGAAAAGUUGAGCAUCUGAAUAUCUCCCUAGCCCCUGAACAAGUAGUUUUCACUCUUUCAUGCAACCCAUUGUUCACUUGCACCACAAUUGUCACCAUGAAGCUAAAGGGUUACUUUCGUCUCUCUGUUCCUUCUGAUAUUAAUCUCCCCUCUCUCAGGAAUUUGCAUCUCGACGUGGUGAAAUGCUACCCCAAUUUCAAGAAGAUUAUUCUCUCUGGGUCUCCAAUUCUUAAAGAGUUUUACCUUAAAGAAAUUCGUCAUCCGUAUGAGAUGUCGGAUAGUAGGUAUGAGCUGUGGAAGAUUGUGAGAAACCCUCGAGGCACCCUACUUGCCCGAAAAAAUGCGUGUAUUGAUCUUGUUAUACAGAGUGAUUAUGAUUUCAUCAAAGACUAUUUCGAGAAUCAUUGGGAAAAUAUAGUGAAAGCCAAUGUUCAUAUGACCGUGCCUGAUAUUAGGUGUCAUUGUUUCUACCCUUGUGCGGUCUCGUUUCUCUAUAGGCUACGCUGUGUUGAGUCUCUGUCCCUGCGUGAUUUUACGGAAUGGACGAUGGACAGCAGCACCCCUCAGGUUCCACAGUUUCCAAAUCUUGUUCAUCUGCAGCUUCAUCUUAGACACCCUUCAUCCUUGUUUUCAAAGAUUAAUCCUAAACUGUGUCCUAAACUUCAACAAGUUGAAGUUAAGCUUGAUUCUGAGGAUGAAAGAUACUAG